AUGGCGAUCUCGACUUCGUUCUUCACCCCAGACUUGCCACACGCUACAGGCGUCAGCCAUCCGCAAGAAAACGAAGCAGCCAUGGACGACGCGCACGAUAACAACGGGCACCAAAAUGUUGACGGGCAAGUUACCGAACCGACACCAUCAUUUGCCGACAUGUCUCCGCAGGGAAAUGGACAAGUGCCCACCAGUGACGGCAUCGAUCGUGAGAUGCGCGACGACGGCAGCUCCGUUGGAGAUGCCGCCAGCUCAGCACCGAAGACGGCAGCCUCGAAGAAAAAGAAGGGCGCCGCUUCCACCGUCAAGGCUCCCUCGAAACGCGCUCGUCCCAGCACUGGUGGUGGCGGCGCGAAGAAAACCAAGAGAGGCGGGACCAAAAAGGCCAAGGCAGAUGCCUCCUCCAGGCCGACCGGCGCUGCAGAUACGGUCGCCGACGCCGGCAACACCAGUGAGUCCGACAACGGCCCUUACUGCCUCUGCCGCGGACCAGACGACCACCGCUUCAUGAUAGCCUGCGACCGAUGCGAGGACUGGUUUCACGGCGAGUGCAUCGGCAUGGACAAGCACACAGGCGAGAACCUCGUUCAGAAGUAUAUCUGUCCCAACUGCACCGAUGGCGGCCGCUACACGACGCGUUACAAGAAAAUGUGCUCCCUCGCGGGCUGCAACAAUCCGGCCCACAUCUACGACUCGUCCCGGCCCAGCAUCUUUUGCUCGCCUGAGCACUGUCAAGCUUGGUGGGAGCAGCUGGUUAGCUCGUUACCGAGAACCAAAGGCGUCGCUGACGCCGACUAUCUCACCCAAGGAGAGUUCAUGGGCCUGAUGGACGCGGGCCCAUCCUCCUCCCCAACAGAUGACAGCUCCACCACCCCCUGGAAACUAGGGCGUCCUCCCUUCGAAACUCCACAAGAUUUCUGGGAGCGCCCUUUCUCGUCUUCUGCCCUCACCGCGGAGGAACAAAACCUGCUCAACACGUCCGCCACGGCCCGCUACCAGCUGGGCGAGGAAAUCGUCCUCUGCAAAAAGAUGCUCCAGCUGAUCGACAUGGCCUUGAAACGGCGGGAAGCCGCCAUUGCCGCGGGCAAGGGCACGGCCAAGGACUUGUGCGGAUACGAUUACCGGCUGGACAGCGUGGGCGCGACGCACCAGUUUGCUCGCUUCCUACAGUCGCCCCAGGGAGAGGCAAUCUUCACCAGCGGGCGUCUAGACGGGCCCGACACCGCUGCUCUUACCACCAGCACUACGAUCAACAACAGUAGUGCGGAGGAGGCGAGCGCCGGCGGCAGCGAAGCCGACCCGCAACUAACAAACAUGUGCACCAAGAAGAAAUGCAAGCCGCACAACGGGUGGAGCGCCAUACUGACCAAGACCGUCCGGCACGAUAUGAAGGAGCUGGCGGCGCAGGCCAAGGAGCUGCUGGACGCGGAACAGCGCGUGCGCGAUGGCGCUGCGGGCCGGUUCCGCCGGCGGUUGAAGGAGGGGAACGCGGUCAUGACACUUUCCUGUGAAAGUGAAAAAGACGGGGUAGAGCGGAUGGAAGUUGAUAUCUGA